AUGUCCGCCGACACGGCCCCAAUAUCCCCCACCCGCUUCGCCGCCGCCCUGAAAGACCUCUCCCUCCCGACCCUGCACCUCAAGGUCCUCGAGAUCCGCAACUCGAUCCUGCACCUGGAGUACUCCAACGCGCAGCUCCGCCCCUACGCCGAGGGCGCCGCGACGACCCUCGACGCCGCCGACGCCGCCGCGGGACGCCCGGACCCGGACUGCGUCGAGGCCAUCCGCGAGAACGACGCCGUCGUCGCCCGCAUGCGGGAGCGCGUCGACAUCAUCCGCGCCGAGGUCGAGGGCAGGGGCCACGGCUGGGACGAGUUCAAGAGCAAGGACGAGGUCGAGGCCGAGGCGGAGCAGCGGAGUGGAGGCGUCAACGGCACGACGACGGCGACGACGACGACUACGACGAACGGGUUGGGGGCGGCGAGGGAGGAGGAGGACAGGGUUGCGAAUGGUGGUGAGGCUGCUGAGCGGCAUCCUGCAUGGUUGGAUGGGACGUUCCAGACGGGCACGAUACGCAACGGCGAGAUUCAGCUUGAUGCGCAGGCUGGUCAGCGGGCGAACGGCGCGCGGGCUAAUGGUACGGGAGGUCGGUUGACGGAUGAGGAGCUGCGUCGGGCGAUGGAGGAGCGGAUGAGGGGUCUCGGUCAGGACGACGAGGAGGAUGACGGUGGAAUGCAUCUCUAA